CGAUAGGUUAAAAUAUUUAUCGAAAACGUCAAGUCAAAUUCGUCAAAUCCUCGCUGGUGUUUGUGAUGUAGUGAAUUAAUUAUCGUUAUUGUAAAAUAAAUAAUAAUAAAAGCAAAAAAGGAAUUGUACGUUCGAGUGUCGCCGUAUAAUAUAAUGUUAGAACACGAAUUCGUCGAAGUCAAUCACAUCAACACUUUCCUGUCGUUUUUGUGGAACAUCGAAUGGAGAGAUCCCUGGCUCAUAGCCCUCUUCACCUUCCACAUUUCCAUCUUCAUGAUGGCCUUGUUGACUAGGAAUUACGGCAACUUUCAAGCUCUACUCUUUUUCUGUUUACUGCUGCUGGUGUACUUCUCCGAAAGCAUCAACAAACUGGCCUCGGCUAAUUGGCAAAUCUUCUCCAGGCAACAGUACUUCGACAGCAACGGCCUCUUCAUAUCCGUCGUAUUCUCCAUGCCCAUUCUCAUCAAUUGCAUUUUGAUGGUGGGCAGUUGGUUGUACCAGUCUACUCAGUUAAUGGCGAAUUUGAAAAUCGCCCAAUUGAAGGAGCAGAAGCGAAAGGAACAGGAGAUCCUUAUUCGACAGAAAUCCAAGGACGAAUGAGGGUGGAAUUAAAUUUACGGAGGUUUAAUUAAGGGUUUAAUUUACCUUAUCUAUCGUACGACUAAUUUUAUAGUUACCAAUUUGCGCUGCAUUUUACAGUGUUUUAACGUGCACUAAUUAAGUUUCUUUAAUGCGAAUUCACACUUUCAAAAUUACAUUUUUUUCCUUAUAAUUUUGUACAUAAUAUUUAAGUUCCUCAACUGUGAAAUUCUCUAAUUCACCAUAAAAUAUAAGUGUAGAUUAAUUCUUUUAUAUUCAAGUUACUUAUAGUAUGUAUAAUGGUCAUCUAUCGCUCACCUCGAAUUCUCGCUCCUUUUCUAUCACACCCAUUCACUCGUAGAGAUAGUAAAGGAGCGAGAGUUCCGAGUGAGACUAUCAUACUUGCUUUUAAGCGUUCUUUGUAGUAUACAGGGUGGUCAAUUCGUUGAAUGCUAACGUUUGGUGUUUAUGGACGUGGUUUUUUCAUUUAAUAUUACCUAUACUUGCAUCGUUUUAAAUAAUUUUAUCUAUAAAUAUUCAGUUAAAUUGCUAGUCAUUUUAUGUAAUGGACAAACGGCCAUAUGAACGUUGAUUAAGUAAAGUUAUUCUAAUAAGUAGAAACAGUGAAGACUGAAUGUGAUUGGAGUUUUAGAAUUGUACGAGAAUUGUUGAUAAUAAAGAGCUUUGUAAUUUUAAGG